AUGUCCGGUAUAUUGAUGAAAAGUUCAACAAUACCAUUCGACCCCUUUUCAACCGCAUACCUGGUCCGGGAUCAACAGGAUUACGACUACUCUCCAUCGGCACUUUUCACCCCUUUGGAUUGCUUUCCCACAGAGUUCAACUCAGGAUCGAUGGCGUCUCCAACCUUGGAAAACAACAACGACUGGAACUCGUUCGAGUCUCUCUCAUCGCCAGACAUCUUCAAAACUGAGUCCUUUGACGACUCACCCAUCCUGACUUCCAUCUCGUCCGCCAGCCCCUCAAUAGACCCCAUGGAUCUUGCCGCCUCAGCCCUGCCGGACGACAAUGUCCCCUUUGGCGACUCGGCGGCGUUCCCAGAAACUAUGACAGGCCCAUUAUUUCCAUCUCCGCAACUUGCGCGGGUCCAAAACCCACCCCUAAUCAACCAUCACACCUCCCGCCCAGAGAUCAGCGUCUCCACGAGACGCGGGACAAAACGCAAGUCGACCAGCGGCAGCAGCACGUGUAGUGCGUCGCCGUCGCCACGCAGCUCCGCAUCUCCACCUCCGAGGCCGACACAGCACCUCCCACCCAAGAAGACGGCCCACAACAUGAUCGAGAAGCGCUACCGCAACAACCUCAACGACAAGAUCUCGGCCCUGCGCGAUGCGGUCCCGGCCCUGCGCGUCAUGGUCCACCGCCUCGAAGCAAGCGCCUCGCCAGAUGAAGGCAGCAACGGCCGCUGCGCCCUGUCGCCUCAGGAGUUUGAGGAGGACCUCGGGGGCCUGACGCCUGCGCACAAGCUCAACAAGGCCACGAUCCUGAGCAAGGCGACCGAGUACAUUAACCACCUGGAGCGCAAGAACCGUGCCCUGGCGCGUGAGAAUCACGGGUUGAGGGGUAAGGUCGACGGGCUGGAGAUUUUGAUGAUGAAUGGGGCCGCCGGUGUACAAAGAGUCCAGCAGCAGCAGCAACAACAACAAUGGUGCUGA